GGGAGGAGUCCCACGUCUUCGAGUUGUGCCUGACACGUGAAACUUUUACUUGUGCUCUAGACUCAGAAAAUAAACUGUAGAUCAGACUAUUUUUAGAGCGGUACUCUAUGAGGACAUCAGAGGGGGCUCGAGGAAAUGGUCGAGGAAUAAGUCACUGCGCAACAAUGAGUCUGAACACAAUUUCGAAGUGAUAAAUGUAGGGAAGUAGCUUUUACAAUCCACAACUUGGUAGUUUACAAUUAGUUCGAAACGCAGUGGCCACUGGAAACGUUUCUGCGCAGCGCAAUGGCUGCCCAGUGCGACUCUUUGAGCGGAUACUUGCAACAGUCCGACCAGGGCUCGAACAGCGAGCGCAGUACCGACUCCCCGGUCGCCGGCUCCGAGGAUGACUUGAGCGGACCCCAUGCCUUACCAGACCCGGAGUGGACGGAGGAGAGAUUUCGAGUGGACCGCAAGAAACUGGAAAUCAUGUUAUUAGCGGCAACUGAGGGAAGAGUCAAUGGUGGCGAGGACUUCUUUCAGAAGGUCAUGGAUGAAACCAAAACACAGAUAGCGUGGCCUUCCAAACUGAAGAUCGGCGCCAAGUCCAAAAAAGAUCCGCACAUUAAGGUUUGUGGAAAGAGAGACAACGUGAGGGAAGCCAAAGACCGAAUCAUGUCAGUCCUCGACACAAAGCAGAGUAACAGGGUAACCCUUAAGAUGGACGUGUCCCACACAGAGCACUCCCACGUCAUCGGCAAGGGAGGCAACAACAUCAAGAAGGUGAUGGAGGACACGGGCUGCCACAUCCACUUCCCAGACUCCAACCGCAACAACCAGGCGGAGAAGAGCAACCAGGUGUCCAUUGCAGGCCAGCCAGGAGGGGUAGAGGCAGCUCGAUCCAAAAUCAGAGAGCUGCUCCCUCUGGUUCUGUCGUUUGAGCUGCCAGCCAUCGUGCAGCCUGACCCAGGCUCUCCCACAGUGCAGCACAUCUCCCAGACAUACAACCUCACCGUCUCCUUCAAGCCCCCCACACGUCUCUAUGGGACCACCGGAGUGGUCCGCGGCUCCCAGAACAACUCUAGUGCCGUCAAGAGAGGCACUGCCAUAUUGCUGGAGCACCUGGCGGGCAGCCUGGCCAGUGCCAUCUCAGUCAGUACCCACCUGGACAUCGCCCCCCAGCACCACCUCUUCAUGAUGGGCCGCAACGGCAGCAACAUCAAGCACAUCACCCAGAGGACAGGAGCCCAGAUCCACUUCCCCGACCCCAACAGCCCCCAGAAGAAAUCUACUGUUUACAUCCAAGGAAUCAUCGAGUCUGUCUGCGUGGCGCGCCAGUACCUCAUGGGCUGUCUACCGCUGGUGCUGAUGUUUGACAUUAAAGAGGACAUCGAGGUGGAGCCCCAGUGUAUCACCGCUCUGAUGGAGCAGCUGGAUGUCUUCAUCAGCAUCAAGCCCAAACCAAAGCAGCCCAGCAAGUCUGUGAUCGUAAAGAGUGUGGAGCGGAAUGCAGUGAACAUGUACGAGGCCCGGAAGUUUCUGCUGGGUCUGGAGAGCAACGGAGUUUCAUCAGCCCUGUCCCCCUCAACCAUUGGCCCCUCCCCCACUCUCAUCUGUCCCGUCGGCCUGGACAUCCUGGCCUCAGCUGGCCUGGGGCUGAGCAGUCUGGGCCUCCUGGGGCCGUCAGCGCCCCAUUCCCUCAGUAGCUCCCCGGCUCCAAACUCUGUCCUCAACAGUCUGAACUCUUCCAUGAGCCCCCUGCAGAACCCCCCGUCUCCUUCCCCCUCACUGUGGCCCAGCUCUCUCACCAGCACACAAGGCUUCUCGUCUCAGUUGAUGAUGCACCCUGUAGCCCAGGCCACUCUGAGCAGUAUCCUGCUCUCUGGGGUCAAGGGGUACACCCAGAACACUCCCUCCCCUCCCCCCGGCCUCGCCCCGAUCGACAAGCAGACCAACGGAGUCCCUGACUGCUCCAAAGGUCCCUGUACCAUGAAUGGACAUGUAAAGCACCCUGGCUCAGUCUAUGGAAGGAUGUCCAGUGCAUCUCUGGCAGACACAGUUCUGAACCCCAACCAGUGUGACUCAGUUCAGGAGGCCAGCGUACACAACCAGUCAGAACCUCGCUCCAGCAAGUCCAACCAAGACGAAGGCUCUGACACCUUUGUGGAAGUGGGCAUGCCCAGAAGCCCAUCUCACUCAGCCAAUGGGAACGAGCUAAAACAGAUGCUGGCUUCCUGUAAGACGUCAGGGAAACGGCAUGCGGUGGAGCUCCUCCAGGGGACCAAGAACUCCCAUCUCCAGUAUGUCUGUCCAGAGCUACACUCAGACUGCCUCCUGUCAGACCCAGAGUCGAGUGCUUCAGACGGCCCUGUGACGGAUAAGAGGGCGCCGGGCAGUGAGCGGGCAGCAGAGAGGGCAGCAGAGAGGGCAGCACAGCAGAAUGAAAGGGACAGGAUCCGCUUGGCACCACAUUCCUCCUUUGCCAACAUGCAGGUACAACUAGAGGCGCUUGAAUAUGAACAGAAAAAGCUGUUAGCAACCAAAGCUAUGUUGAAGAAGCCUGUUGUGACUGAGGUACGGACCCCAACUAACACGUGGAGUGGUCUGGGUUUUUCCAAGUCCAUGCCAGCGGAGACCAUCAAGGAGCUGCGCAGGGCCAACCACGUUUCUUACAAACCCACAAUGAGUACCACCUACGAGGUAAACUCUGACUAUGAGGGCUCCCCCCUGUCCCUGUCCCGCUCCGGCAGCAGAGAGGGUGUGGGCAACGGCAGUGAUUCUGACAACUGGAGGGACAGGAACGGGGUUGGGAACGGUCUUGUCAACCACGCCGAAUUCCCAGCGUCUGUUAGCAGUCCCAAGAGGAAGCAGAACAAAUCUGCUGCAGAGCACUAUCUGAGCAGCAGUAACUACAUGGACUGUAUCUCCUCGGUCACCGGGAGCAAUGGCUGCAGUCUCCAGUCCUCUCUCAAAGGGUCGGACCUGCCGGAGCUGUUCAGCAAGCUGGGCCUGGGGAAAUACACAGACGUGUUCCAACAACAGGAGAUCGAUCUCCAGACCUUCCUCACUCUGACAGACCAGGACCUGAAAGAGCUGGGUAUCACCACAUUCGGAGCACGCAGGAAAAUGCUGCUUGCCAUCUCAGGUGUGAAUGACUAUGAACUGAACAAGAACCGAAGGAAGCUGUUUGAGCCUCCUAUCAGGUCCUCCUUCCUGGAAGGGGGCGCCAGCGGGCGUCUGUCUCGUCAGUUCCACGCUGACAUGGCCAGUGUCAGUGGCCGGUGGUAGAACUCCACUCCCCCAGAACCUAACACGACAGAGACCCAGCCUUCAGUGCCUCUCUCUGGGCUUCUGUAGCCCAGUCUCCAGCCUCUCUGGGUCUCAGUGGUCCACCCUCCAUGUUAUGCUUAACAAUGACUGUUAAACUCUUUUUGGGGGGGGGGGUAACAAAAAGCCAUAGUUUAACCAGAAGUGCCAAAAAAGAGAUCUCAGUGGUAUAGAAAGUCCAGUGUUCACUCCACAUAGUGCUAAAAAUGUUUUUGUGGAGUAUCUACACAUGAAGGGUAUUUGACUAGUUAUGAAGGACAGGUACUGUCUAAUAGUUGUCAUUUUUUGUUGAAGGGAACAGGCCAAAUGAUUAGUACGAAAUAAUUACAUUGAUACCGUCUGCAUUCGUAGUAUGCUGUUGUAUCAAUGACAUGCACUUUAACAAUACUAGAAUUUUGCCUGUGAAAGCCUGAUUCCUCAUAUUGGAAUACCUAUGCAUUUUGUAUUAACUCAAAGCACAGAUGUAUUUGUACCAAGCCAAAUGUAAGCACUUAGUGAGAUGGGGGAAUGAAGUUAAAGUUCAAAGGUAAAAGUGCCCAAGUGACAUCAUCAACUAAACACGGAACCUAGAGAAAUGACCUUUGACUCCUCAGUGUUUUGAUUGACGGACAUUCCACGAAGGUCAGUGUUGUAUCCACCAGUAGUUGGGCAGCAGUCUGUCAAGGUCAUAUGUAUUUAGACAAUUAUGAUUUUGUAUUUGCAUUAUGAUUUAUUUUAUUUUUUUAAAUCAUAAUUUUUGGGGGGAGGUUUUAAUGAUAAUCAGUGUACAUGUAUUUUUUUGUAUUUUCAUUAUUUUAUACAGUCAUGAAUAAGUUCCUAUGGUUUGUCAUUUGAAUAUUAUUAGUCUCUUUGAUAAUUACUUUUGCCCCAUAAUCUGUGGAGCGGUCAGGCUGUGCCAUGAGACAGCAGCAGAUAGAGGGAGCGCAAUCUGUCAGAAGUGAUUCUGUUUGUUGGCCUCCUAUGGUUUUCUUAGUCCUUGUCAUUAUGUCUCCUGUUAACCUUUCGGUGGUCUCUACUCUAUGUUGAAUCCCACUGUGUUCCUCUAUUGAUUCAGGAGACCAGUCACUAUUCCCAGACGGGGUGCUUUUAUCUUUCCAUUCAAUUGGACUGCCUUUAGAGCUGCGAACAGAGCAAGAACCUACUACAAUGUAGAAUGCCUCCACACUACUACAGUAUAGAAUGCCUUUACUUCUCUCUCUACAGUAAAUUGCUCAGCAGGGAAUCAUUUAUAUUAGAAUAUUGCCAUUUUUCAGAAAAGGGCGGACACUACUGCUCACCUGGGGGUACACCACACCGUCGGUGGAAACUCAACUUUGUUUCAUAUGACAGCCCCUAGCCUAGACACGUUUCUCGACAUUUACCAAGAUUGUGUCCUCAUGGAGGAGUCUAAAGUCUACAUAACAUUUAUUCUAGAUUAAAUGGACUAUAGUGGAAAUAUACAAUUGUCAGUAUCGGUUGUGAAAUCAGAUAUCCGGGAAUCUUGUAAAGCUAUUUUUGAUGAAGUAACAGUAACUGUUAUGUGUGCAGUGGUGCUGCUUAUCAAAGGAUGGGCUCACUCUGAGCGCUGUGUUAUGUUUGGGUUCAUAUAAUGGCACAGUAUACUCAUACCUUUUUGUUAAUGUUGGCUGACUCUGGAAUGUGUAUUUGCUAUAACUGCUUCCGAUUGAACUCCCAGAUUAAGCCUGGAAGUUGAGUCUUUUUGCAUUCUAUCAUAUACAGAGUGUUCGUGUGAAGUACUCACCAUCUUCAUGUGCAGACCGUUUGUUGGUAGAUGGUACAGCAUUUGACUGACAAUGCAGUGACCUGUAUGUAGAGCCCAGGGUGUGAGUCUAGAGGCCACUCAAUCUUCAAACUAGAUUCUAGGUUCAGAGUGUUGAAGUAGAUGGAGAGAACAUUUCAAAGCAACUUGCAUGUCAAAAUUGUUCUUAAAUGUUGUUUCCGCACAGCAGCAACAUCACUCUUAGCAUCAACCGUUCUGUAAUCACGCACAGAGAGAAGUCAUUUGUUUUUCGUUUUGCAUGCUUUCUCUUGGCCCUCUGUUGUAUCAUGUGUUUACACUAUACCACUUUCCUAACUGAUUUGAGCCAUUCUCAAUGUCGUUGUUGUAUUAAUAUAACAUAUUCUGACACGGUUGUCAUUUCCGACCAGUAGUGUAGUGGUUCAUUUUCUUAGACAUUUUAAAAAGAGACAGGAUAUAAAAAGGGAUUUGUUACUCCACAAAGAAAUAUGGGGUUUGUUUAACCCUUUAUAAUGGUACUAUAUUGAAGCUGUUCAGCAUUGAUUUAUGUCAGUGCAGUUAUGUCGACCCAUGUACCUACAGUGCAGACGACAGUGUUUGUUUUCGUCCUCUGUAAAGCCUCUGGUCAUUCGUCUGUUUGGAGGGCAAUAGAGAUUGUUUUCUGUCAAGUGAAUGUUAAAGUGAGAAUUAUUGAUGCCUUUUAAUCUAGUUUAAUAGAGUCAUUUGCAAUCAGUUUAACGCCGACCUCCUUUCCCCACACCUUUUACAGAACCGUUAUUUCAUGUUUGUGUUUAGUCCUUGUUAUUCCCAAAGGGAUACAUUUGAAGGGGUCUACUUUGUACUGCGAUAGAUCAAAUGGGUCAACAUUUAUAAUGAAUGUAAACCACUAAGGAAUUGAUGUAUGUAUUGCUUUGCGUUUCUAUCCUGUGCAGCCAUGCUUGUUUUUUAGCAGUAUAUCUCCAGUUUCCUGUGAGAGAGAGGUACAGUUCCAAAAAUAUUCCACAAAGAAUUUAAGGAGUGAUAUUGCCUUUUGCCAUAGCUAUUUUCCUUUUGUUGAUAGGAUUGUUGAGCAGGACAUUGUUUUAGCUCUGUUGUUAAAAUCUGUAAAUAUAGUACAGAUAAAAAGUGUUUGAGGAGUUAUCAAAUGUUAUUACAAAGGAAAUAAAUGUAUGCAGUAAAA